CCUCGUCGUCCUCUCUCUCUCUCUAUUCUUUGUACAACUAGGGUUCCCAUUACAUUUACGGCAGCACAACCUAAGCAAAUCUUCUUCUUCGAUUUCGCUGCUCUCGUCUAAGAAUCUGUGCUUGCUAGAUCUGGAACAAGAAGAUAACAACAUAGAAAUGGAUGUUAAAGAAACAGAAUCUCUCGUGGAAGCUUCUGAUAAACCUAUGGGGAGUCCAACACAAGAUUCUGGUAAACCAGCAGAUACUCCUGCAGAAGCCCUGUUAAGAAAGGCAACAGACAAUUCUGCAGAAGCAAUUAAAGAAGAAACAGAGAUUCCAGCAGAAGAAGCAAUCAGUAAAGAAACAGAAGUUCCUGCGGAAGCAAUCAGUAAAGAAACAGAGCUUCCAGCUGAAGCAUCCGCUAGUCCAAAAGUGAUUCUGAAUGUGUCCAAUAAACCAGAGUCGUCUGAAAGGAAAACCCCUAAAUCUUUGAAGGCUAGAUCUAAAAUCCUGAAGAAAUCUGUGGCUGUUAAUGGGCCACAAAAAAUAACAAAGAAUGGCAGUCUGGUUCUGGCAAAGAAAAGGAAGAAAAAGAUUUUGUUACAGGGUAACAAAGCAAGUGGUAGCAACGAGGAGGAGGUUGCAAAGAAACAGAUCUCUGGAGAAAAAAACCAACCGGAGAUAGCCAAUAAGGAGCAUGCUGAGAAGAGCCAUCAACCUCAAAAGAACAAGGAAAAGCUCAUUGAACAAAAGAACAUCCUUCGAAAACGGGAAAGGGGUAAAAAGCAUGUUUCAGGAAAACAAAACCAACCUGAGAUUAUUGCUAAUGAAGAGCAUGCCAAGAAGAGACUUCAAGUGGAAGAGAACAAGGAAAAGUUCAGUGCUGAGAAGAGCCAUCAACCUCAAAAGAACAAGGAAAAGAUCAUUGAACAAAAGAACAUCCUUCGAAAACGAGAAAGGGGUAAAAAGCAUGGUUCAGGAAAACAAAACCAACCUAAGUUUAUUGCUAAUGAAGAGCAUGCCAAGAAGAGACUUCAAGCGGAAGAGAACAAGGAAAAGAUCAGUGAAUCAGAAAAGAGCCAGCAAAAACUUGAGAAAGGUGAAAAGGAUGCUGGGUCAGAUAGGAAUUUAAAAAACAAAAAGAAUGAAGGAAACAAUGCAGAAACAAGUAAGAGCCCUGCAACUGGUAAGAAGAAAGAAAAAAUUGAGGGUCUGAUCUUCAUGUGCAGUGGAAAGACAAAACCAGAUUGUUUCCGUUACCAUGUCAUGGGCGUUUCACUUGGUAAAAAAGACGACGUAUUGGGUGUUAGACGUGGGCUAAAGCUUUUUCUGUUUGAUUUUGAUCUUAAACUUUUAUAUGGGGUUUACAAGGCAUCCUCUUCUGGUGGCAUAAGGCUUGAGCCAAAAGCUUUUGGCGGAGCCUUCCCUGCUCAGGUGCGGUUCGAUGUGCACAAGGAUUGCCUACCACUGCCUGAGAGUGUUUUUAAGAAGGCAAUAAAAGAAAAUUACAAUGAGAAAAACAAGUUCAAAACAGAACUUACAGGUCGACAAGUUAGGAAGCUCAUGGCACUUUUCCGACCAGCUGAAAUUCGCCCUUCGGCACCCAUCCGCUUACCAGCAGCAGCAACAACUAGGGAUCAGGGUAUUCACGAGAGAGAGAGAGAAUCACAUUCACGCUUGGCAAGAAAAAGAAACUCUCAUCCACAUCGGGAAAAACAGGCUAGAGAUUCUCAUGCCAAUGGUGAUUCUAGGGCUCAUCGUCUCCUUGCUCAUGAAAGGGAUCACCGUCGUGACCACCGUGAGGUGCAAAGGCAAGAGAGUCCUCGGAAUUUGUACCUUACCGAAAAGGAAUAUCGCACUUAUGGUCUCCGGGGUGAGAGAAGAAACUUGACUCCCCCUGCUCACAUCUCCGAUCCUCCCUUAGAAACAUACAGGAGGGAUUAUGAUAGAGAGCGGCUUUUAAGACCUCCAAAUGUUGUUUUGAGGGAUACAGUCCCUGUUGCUGAUCCUCUGUACCUUAGUGAGCGAGACUAUCAGGGUUAUGGUCUUAGUGCUAGACGUGAGGUUCCACCUGCAUUACCUUCUGCUUUGGACCCUUAUGCGAAGGACCCAUAUUAUGCUUACUAUUAUGGCAGUUCAACUGUGGACCGUUAUCUUCCGCUUCAAAGGAGAGAGGAUGUUCCUUUAAGCUCUCCUUACUCUGCUGGCAGCCGGAGAGAGGCUUACUUGAUUGAGACUGAUCCCUUGCGAAGGAGAGAAACCGAGCAACUUGAUAGGUUGUACUCAACAUAUGCUUCUGAUACGCUACCAUCCUACCACCAGACGUAUCAGACGGCCAGGCCCGAACCUGCUACUUUGCCGGCUUCCGCUCGCUACCCGGCUGGUUCAUACACCUAUCGCUAAUUUAGUCUGUACUUUUCAUUUCCAUUUUCGUUGGAUCCUCUAACCUCUUCAAUGAGCGUGAACUCAAGGUAUUUGAACUGGCUAUUUCAUGUGCUUUUCAUAGGUAUCUUCUGUCCGGUGAUGCUAGUGGUUAGCAAGUUGAAAUUACAAAGGACAUCACCAUAAUGCUAGGCUAUCGAAUCUCCAUAAAAAUCCAUCUAGUUUGAAUUGCA